ACAAAUCAAAAAGUCUCUUCAAUCACUAACAUUUGUAAGUUAAUAGUUUUAAUUACUGAUGGAUAGAGUGAACAUGAUGGUUUCUGAUAGGCCUGUGGUGAUCUUCAGUAAGAGUUCUUGCAUCUUGUCCCACACAGUCAAGUCUCUCUUCAAUGACUUUGGUGUGAACCCUACAGUCUAUGAGCUUGAUGAGAUUGCAAGAGGCCGGGAAAUCGAGCAGGCAUUGUCAGGGGUUGGGUGCAGUACGAUGCCCACUGUGUUCAUUGGUGGUGAGUUGGUUGGUGGAGCUAAUGAGAUCAUGAGUCUUCAACUCAAAAGGGUUUUGAAGCCAAUGCUCAUCAGGGCUGGAGCUUUAUGGGUUUAAAGUUGCUGCAGUAACGUAAAAUAUUUACAUAAUAAAGCAGGUUUUUAGUGCAAAUAAUUAGAGAAUAAAAAACAUGAUUACCUAAUAAAUCAUAUCGUAUGAGAUUACAUAUAUGAAGAGGUUACUAAGGUUUAGGUUUCGAUUGUAUCUCGACUCUCCUCUCUUUUUGGUUUGUGAUAAUACCUGCAAAUUAAUAAUGCGAUGGUUGUUCGUACUUAAUGUAACUGAUCGAUAUAGAUUUUGAUCUUAAUUUUAGGGUUGUUUUUAAUA